AUGCUUCUCGGUGAAAAUCGUGUCCAUGAGACACACUACGAGAUUCUCUCCGUGAAAGAGGACGCGAGCUAUGAAGAAAUCCGCAAUAGCUAUCGUUCCGCUAUCCUUCAAUCUCAUCCGGAUAAGCUUAACUGUAGCUCAGACGACGAAAAGUUUCUGAAGAUCCAAAAGGCGUGGGGAGUAUUAAGCGAUGCCGAGCUGCGUGUGGUUUACGACAACGAUCUUCGAUCUUCAAGACAGGACGGGAUCACUGCUGAUGAGAUCAGUAUAGAGGAUAUGUCGGUGGAGAUCACUGGAGAAGACGAAGCCAUGGAGAUUUUUUAUCAGUGUAGGUGUGGUGAUUACUUCUCUGUUGAUUCCACCGAGCUGGAAACAAUGGGGUUUGAAUUAUUGAGAGACGGCGAUGAUUUUGUUCGAGUUAGGAGAUUAGGUGCUCUUGUGGCGUCUGUUGUUCUUCCUUGUGGAUCUUGUUCUUUAAAAACCCGAGUUUGUGUUGAUUCGGAUAUGAAGAUUCCUCUCCAAGAUGAUCAAUUGAAGAAAAGAGCAGGUAAGAUGUUGGCCACUACUAUCUUCAAACAGUUGAUACCCCCCCCCCCAAGUAGAUUCUUUGUCGUCUCCUUUUUGGCUCCUCUUAUGGGAAUGGGACGAACAGCUUUGAAGCUGAGGAAGGCUACGAAGCAACUGGUGUUAGCUGCCUGUUGUUCUCUUUCUCUUCUUAAUCCUCCGAGUUCGAGGGGAUCUACAGCCAUUACAAAGCAAGAUAAUUGUUCUCUGUCCCCUCACCAUGAAGAAGCCGUAGAUAAAUCAGACUCUAGUAGCAGCACUCAUCAUACUUCUACGCAGCAGAUCUUGUGUGCUAUUUGUCUAGAACCACUGAGUCACUGUGGUGAAGCUGUGUUCACGGGACAGUGCUCUCAUUCUUUCCACAUUUCGUGCAUUGCUUCCAAUGUGCGUCACGGGAACGCCACUUGUCCGGUUUGCCGCGCCCACUGGACCCAUCUCCCACGCUCUUCCUUUCCAAAACUGUCCGAACGCCAACAAGACGACUCUGUUUUUCGCAUUCUCGAUGAUUCCAUUGCCACUUCCCGCGUCCAUAGGAGGUCUUUACUCCGCUCUGCUCGCUACGACGAUGAUGAUCCUAUCCACCUUCCUCACUCCACCACUUAUCCUCGUCUAAGUCUCUCUUUAGUACCUCUCACAGUUUCCCACAACUUAGUGUCUUAUCCAUCCUCCUACCAGCAUCUCCACCUUCACCAAGAUGCAUAUUCUCCAUUACAAAUGUGUAGAACAGAGUUGGACACAAGUCACAACCAGUCAGCCACUCUGUAUUCGCCAUCAGUACGGCCACAACCAGAAGAUUGCCACUGUUUGUACACUUCCUUGGGCAAGAGAAAUGCCUAUCUCUCGGUGAAACUGACAGAUCCACAACCCAUUGACUUGGUGCUGGUCGCGAGUCCGAGCGGGCCACACUUCCGGUUUCUCAAGCAGGCGAUGAUAUUGGUAACCUCCUCCCUUCGACCGGUAGAUCGUCUAGCCAUAGUGACCUACUCGUGUGUUGCGGCGGGACGUGUGUUUGCUCUGAGACGCAUGGCUUCUUGCGGAAAACGGGCGGCUCUGAGAGUGAUUGACCGUCUCUUCUACAUGGAUCAAACUGACCCUUCUCAAGGCAUACGCAAGGGCAUUAAAGUUCUUAAAGAUCGUGCUUACAAGAAUCCACGGUGCAGCAUCCUACAUAUCUCCAGCGGUCCUGUAAGGUCAUAUUAUCCCGACAACAGCGUGAUGCAGAUGGGUUUCAUGGUCCAUAGGUUUCACGUGGGAUUUGGUGCUGAGACAUGGAACGGUUUUGUGAUGCAUAAGUUUGAAGAGCUUGUAGAAAAGGUGAUAGGAGGAGUAGCAACCGAUGUUCAACUGAGAAUCGGGAUGGAAGGGAAAAUUGUUAAAGUAGGCGAGUUGAGAGGAGGUGAAGAGAAGAAAGUAUUGAUAGAUCUUGGUGUUCAUGUCGAUGUUGGUCUGUGUUAUAGCUAUGUCGAAGGAGACACUGACGAGUGUAUCAGGAGAAGGGGAGAGACGACACUGAGCUUAAUUGACGACAAUGAAGGGAUAAAAACUGAUGAGUGUGAAUCUGCUGGUGGGAGUAAUGAUGACUAUAUGAACACCGCUAGUGUGAGUAGAAGCAUUAGUACUGAAACUUGGGACUAUCAUGAUCCUUUAAUGGCUAGAAGAUGGGCGAAGCGGUUGCAUGAAACUCUAAUUAAUCUCUGAUUAUUUUGACCUUUGUACUAGUAUCUUACUUGUCAAUUUUCUCAAGAUUGCUUGCUUCUGUAGCAUCAUGUUUCAUACCAAGAAUUCAUGAUUAAUUCAACACUAGAAGAGUUCAUGGUUUUUUUUUUUUUAAAACAACAACUAGAUUAGAUUAGUUAUUAGCUGACAUAAU